AUCAUCAUCAUCAUCAUCAUCUCAUGGUGAAAUCGAAACACAUCGUUGUGAACCAAUUACAUUAAUAUUAUGUAAAGGAAUGUAUUAUGAAUAUACAAGAUUACCUAAUAUGUUUCAUCAUGAAACACAAGAAGAAGCUGGUUUAGAAGCUCAUCAAUUUUAUCCAUUAGUUCAAAUUAAUUGUUCUAAAGAUUUACGAUUUUUAUUAUGUUCUAUAUAUACACCAAUUUGUAUCAAAGGUUAUCCACAUUUUUUACCACCAUGUCGUUCUAUAUGUCAACGUGUUAAAGCUGGUUGUUCACCAAUUAUGGAACAUUAUGAAUUUCCAUGGCCAGAACGUAUGAAUUGUGAACAAUUUCCAGAAUAUAAUAAUCCUGAUGGUAUAUUAUGUAUGGAACGUAAUUUAACACAAGAAGAACAAUUAGAAUAUCAAUCAAUCAAUAUACAAAAUCAUGAACAAUUUAAAUCAAUAAAUCAAUCAACAAUUAAUCAAUUAAAUGAAUUAUCAAAUAAUUUACAUCUUACAUCACAUUUACAAACAACAAAUCUAGAUAAUUCAAUGAAAUCAUUAUCAUUAGAAGAGAUUGAAUUCAAGAAUCAAUUUAAUAAAGAUGCUAGUCAUUUAUUAUUUGAAAAAGCAAUACAAAAUGAUGAUAAUAUUCGUAAAUUAAAAAUUACAUUUCCUAAUUUACAUUUAAAAUGUACAUGUGAUUGUAGACCACCAUUAAUAAAUAUUAAAAAUUCAGAAAUUAAUAAUCAUGCAAAAAUAACAGUAGCUGAUAUUAAAGAUUGUUCAAUGCCAUGUUAUACACCAUAUUAUACAUUUGAUUCAUCAUAUAAUUUUACAACAUUUUGGCUUGGUAUAUGGUCAACAUUAUGUGCUAUUUCAACAAUUAUUACAAUAUUUACAUUUAUUACAGAUUCAUAUCGUUUUCAAUAUCCUGAAUUACCUUUAAUUUAUUUAUCUGCAUGUUAUUUUAUGAUAUCUAUAGGUUAUUUAAUUCGUGUAUUUAUGGGACAUCAAGCAAUAGCUUGUGAUAGUUUACCAUAUGAAUAUGAAAAUAUACAAUCUACUAUGAAUAGUAAUAAUAAUAAUAAUUGGUUUGAUUACAAUCCAACUAAUAUUCAUAAAAAUAAUGAAAAUUUAAAAAAUGUAACACUUUUACCAAAUCCAUUAACAACAAUCACUAAGGCAACAUUAACAACAUUAACAAUGAAAACAACAAAUCAAUUAAUACGUUCAAAAAUUUUACGAUAUGCAUUAACUGGAAGAAUUAGUUGUGCAAUUGUAUUUUUAUUAAUUUAUUUUUUUACUAUGGCAGCUUCAAUUUGGUGGGUUGUAUUAGCACUUACAUGGUUACUUGCUGCAGGUUUAAAAUGGGGUAGUGAAGCAAUAUCAAAAUAUUCUCAGGUUUUUCAUUUUAUUGCAUGGUCAUUACCAGCAUGUCAAACAGCUUUAGCAUUAUUAUUAUCUAUUGUUGAAGGUGAUCCAAUUAGUGGUUUAUGUACAAUACAAUCUAAUAAAUCAAUAAUAUAUAUUAUAUUUAUAUUUGCUCCAUUAUUAAUUUAUUUAAUAAUUGGUAUUAUAUUUAUGAUAAUUGGAUUUAUUGCAUUAUUUCAUAUUCGUGGUACAAUUAAAUUACAAAGAUCACGUAUUAUAGAAAUACAAAAAUUAAAUAAAUUAAUAUUACGUAUUGGUAUAUUUGGUAUAUUAUAUACUAUACCAAAUAUCAUUAUAUUAUUUUCUAUUGGUUAUGAAUUACAUAAUACAUAUUUAUGGCAAUUAGGUAUUGCAUGUCAUUGUCAUUAUGAUAUUGGUCAAUAUAAUCAAAUCAAUAAUCAUAAUAAUAAUAAUAAUGAAGAAGAAGAAGAAGUAUUAGAACCAAUAUUACCUAUUGCAUUACCAAUAUGGAAUUCACCAAAACCACAAUAUAUUAUAUUUAUGUUAAAACAUUUUAUGAAUUUAAUUAUUGGUAUUACAAUAGGUUUUUGGAUAUGGUCUAAUAAAACAAUUGAAUCAUGGAAAAAAUUUUGUUAUCAUAAAUUAUGUUUAUUACAAUUAAAUAAAUAUAAAAGUAAUAGUAAUGGUUUAUUAAUUCAUCCAAAUAAUAUUGAUUAUGAUAGAUUACAAAAAAUGUCUAUUAAACAAUCAAUACAAUCGAUUACAAAAUUAAAUAAUACCUAUCAUCAUAAAUCAAUAAAUCAGAAUUCAAUUCAUCAAUAUCCUAUAUUGAUUGAUCAUAAUAAUAAUAAUAAUAAUAAACAUUGUAAUACAACUAUAAUUACUACUACUACUACUACUAUUACUACUAUGACUACUACUACUAAUAAUAAUACUAUAUCAUAUGAUUUGAUAAAUAAUGGAAUAUUAUCUAAUAUAAAUCCAUUAGUUAAUUUAAGUACAUCAUCUACACCAUUUUCUACACAUUCAUAUGAUAUACCUAAUCAUCAUGAUCUACAAUAUAAAUCAUCAUUGAAUGCAUAUUAUUCUAUAGAUGGUAGUACAAUUUCACAACAAUAUGGAGAUGUAAAUUCUUAUCAUACAAAUAAUAGUUUUAAUAAUAAUAAUUAUAAUAAUCAUAAUAGUAAUGGUAAUGUUGAUAAUAAAUUCAUGAUAACAAAUACAAAAAGUUUUAUAACACAAUUAUCUGGUAAUUCAAUUAAUCCUAGUUUUUCUACAUUAAGUAGUAGUUUCAAUAGUCCGCAUAAAUCUUCAAUAUCUCAUUUGAAUAAUGCUAAUGCUAAUGCUAUUAAUAAUAAUAAUUCCAUAAGUACAGGAAUUUCAAGUAGUGGAAUUAGUAGUACACAUAUAAAUGAUGGUUUAACAAGAACUGCAUCAAUACUUAAUGGAUUUGAAUUCAAUUCUAAUUCUAUAUCACCUAAAUUUAUUGAUUAUUAUGUUAAUGAUGAACAAAGAAAUCGUGAAUUGAUUGGAUCACAAGUAACAAUAACAACAACAACAACAGCAACAACUGCAACAAUGACAACAACUACUUCUGCUAUUACUACAACUGUAUACCCAGUUAUCAAAUAUGAUCGUAAUAUUGAUGAGAAUAAUUUAAGACGAAAUAAUCAUUCCGGUUUUGUGAAUAAUCAAUUUGUUUCAAAUAUGAUUAAUGAAAAUCGUAAAAACAACUUAUCGUUGGUACAAUAAACUAAUGGAUAUUGAACAUACGUUAGAAUAUCUUCGUUUGAAUCCGUAUUGAAAUCAGCAAAAGAAACUAUGCAACAAUUAGAUAACAUCAUCAUUUAUCAAUUAAUCGAAUUGGUUUUGAAUAACUUUUAUUUAAUAGUAUGCAGUUACAUAUCACAUGAAUAAAUUUACAUACCAAAGAUAAUAUGUUUGAUUGAAUUGUAUAAUAAAUAGAGGCUAUAAAUGUGCCUUGAAUAUGUAUCGUUCAUACUUCUUCAUAUAUAAGCCUAUAUUCAUAUAAUUUCUUUCAGUUUAAUAAUUUUCAUAAAUGUAAUGUGUAAACUAUUAAACAAUGAUAGUAAUUUGUUCAAUAUGGUUUGUAUUUUCUUCGCAUUUAAUAGUAAUAUUCAUACUUCACAUAGCAAUCAAUUCAUGUGUUCAAUAUUUAAUGUAUAUGACAAUCUAACACGGGUUUUUUUUUAUUUGUAAAUAUACUUUGUUAUUUUAA